AUGUUACGACGUUCCAUUGCCUUCGGCACUGCUCUUUUCAAGUCCACAAUGCCAAAAAGGAAGGCUAACAAGGCCGAAUUCUUCAAGCCGAAAAAAGCAAAAGUUACUGAAGUAGAGACGGAAAUCAGCGAUGAUACAAAAGAAAAUGGACUACGUGGAGAUGAAAAUGAACGAUCAUGGAAAAUUCUUUCCUGGAAUGUUGCUGGUUUGAGAGCUCUAGUAAAGAAAAAUGGCCACAAAUCAAUAAUAUCUCAAUCUCCCGACCUCGUUUUUCUGAGCGAGAUCAAGUGCAAUGAAUGGCCUGUGGACUGUGAAACCGACUUCAAGAAGUAUCACAAAACUUUGGUCAUAUCUCAAGAGAAAAAAGGCUAUGCUGGCGUCGCCCUGUUGAGCAAAAUCAAACCGAUCAAGGUAUGGAAGGGCAUAGGAAAUGCUAGCUAUGACGGUCAUGGUCGCCUCAUCAUUGCCGAGUUCACACAUUUCUACUUCAUUGGUGCAUAUGUUCUGAACAGUGGCCGUGGCCUUGUUAAUCUAGAGAAGCGGGGCAAGUGGGAAGAGCUUUUCUUGGAGAAGAUCAAGGAACUUGAUGAGAAAAAGCCUAUAAUCUAUGCUGGCGAUCUCAAUGUCGCACAUAAUGAGAUUGAUUUGGCAAAUCCCGAAACGAGUAGAAACAAAACCGCUGGUUUCACUGAUCAAGAACGCGAAUGGUUCUCAAGACUUCUGGAUGCUGGUUUCAAGGAUACAUAUCGCGAACUGCAUGGAGACAAGCAGGAGUACACAUUCUGGUCUUACUUGGGAAAUGCUCGUUCCAAGAACGUAGGUUGGCGUCUCGACUACAAUGUUGUCAGCAACAGAAUUUUUGAAAAAGUGAAAUCCAGCGAGAUUCUUACGGAAGUGAUGGGCAGCGAUCAUGCACCAAUAGUGCUCGAAAUUGACAUAUAACAAGUUGAUUUUCGUUUCUUCCUAUAUUGAGUUUUGUUACUGUUAUUGUUAUCCUGAUUAACAGCACUAUAUUGUUUACGAGUCGAAGCCUCGGUGUGGAGCCACGAUCCAUUAGCUUUUUCUUGCUUAGAUAUCAUUCAGCUUAUCUUCUUCAUGAAUAACCCCCUGACUGAUCUCAGAAGUUAUUGCGACAAGUAUAACGAUAUUAAUUGUACAACUAUUGAGAUACCUAACAUUAUCAAAUGCUUUAAUCUGUAUUGCUGUCUAUAGAUGUUGUGGAGUAAAACUCUUAUUUGUCCAUGUCCACAUAGUGUGGUGUUCACCAAGUUUAUUAGAGUGAGGAAAAUUGUUACAAAUAUACACAGAAGAAGUAAAACCAGU